CGGUUUUUCACGACAUUGUUUAAUUGCAACUAGAGGGCGCUGUUGUUCGAUUUCUUUGAUUGUUAAAUUUUUUAAAUCAAAAAUUUAUUUAAGUAAAUUUUGUAAAUUCAAUUUCAUCUAUAAAAAUUUUAUCUAAAAUUUUAAGGUUUGUUUGACAUUUUUUGAAGAUUCAGAACACACUCUUCAGUUUUCGAAAAUAUUAAUUUUUUGUAACUAGCUUUGUGCCGUUUGUGUCUGAGAGUUUGCUUCAUCAACGGAAGAGGUUCGCACGCGCCAUUUUCAUUCAGUUUAAAUAUUCGAUUUAAGUAAUUAAUUCCUUCUUUCUUUUAUAUUAAAAAGAAAAUGAGUACCUCAGCUAACGCCACAGAAGUCGAAAAUAACUCAGUUGGAAAAGAAAAGGGAGCCGGAGAUAAAUCCGAAUCUUUGAAAAGACCGGUGUCUGAGGUUAAUGAUUCAGGAAAAGAUGAAUCCAAACAGAAAUUACAGAAAACAGACAAAGAAAAUGGGGAAUCAGAACACAAAGAAGAUGAAGUAGAUGAUGAAGACAGCAAAGAUGAGGAUGAUGAUGUUGGUCCUGAGGGAGAAGGAGAUGAUUUUGAUGAAGAGGAAGGAGAUGAAGAAUGUGGCGAUGAAGAUGGAGAAGAUGAGGAUGACGAUGAGGCAUAAACACCUGAUUUUUCACAAAUUAUAAAUUCAUUUUCCCAUUCAUAACAUUAUGUAAACACAAUUUUUUUCACUUUUAUUGACAUGUACAAAAUCAGCACAUUUUGUAUUGAAAUUUUUUCGUAAUGCAUUUUCUAAAAUGUUAUUUAUUUGAAACAGAUGUAAUUUUGAAAUGUUUUUAGACAAAUAUUGUGAGGACAUUGGCCAUUCCUAGUUAAAGGUAAUAACUAUCAUAUUUACCAUAACUAAUUCAGUUUAACCGCCUUCUUAUGUGUGAAGGAAUAUAAACCUGAAUACGUUUAGUUAAUGACCUCCGUUUUUUGACUGUAUGUAUGGCUAUCAAGCGUAACUACUCCAUUGGUGACAAGUAUAUGUAUCAUUCUCCUUUUUUUUUAUUUAAAAGUGUGAAAGGGUCAGUGUAGUAUGCAUUAUUACUCAUAGUUUUUCUCAUUCAUUCUGUUUUUUUUACCGUGUCGUUUGUGUGGUCGAGACAUGAUUAUAUAGCAAAGCAGAGAAAGUUUUCUCUUAGAUUUGAUCUCUUGUAGUUACGUUGCAGGAUUUUUUUUUAUAUAUAUAAAUCAAUUUGUAAGUGUUACUGUUUCUCUAAUGUUACCUGAUACAAACAGUAUUUAAUAAAAUGGGAGUAAAUUUUGUACAAUGAUUUUAUUUUUACCAGUUUAUAAAAAAUUAAUGGAAUUUACUGUUUUUAACAUAAAUUGACCUGCAACAAUCUUAGUGUACAUCAGGAUUUAAGUUUUUUUUGUAGACCUUUUUCUCUGCUGUGUUUCAAAUUUAUCUGUCUUACUAUAAUCGCCUGUUUUUGGUGAAAUAAAAUGGGUACUUAAGACUGAA